AUGAAGAUGUUCAGGUCCAUCGCCUCUGCGCUUGCGCUUAUCCUCCCGGUCGCUCAAGCCUACCUGGUAGGUCCGCCAGGAACACCUGCGCCUGGAGCAACCUCGAGCUGUAGCGGAUGGGCUCAAUCAUCAUGGCAUGACUUGUUCAAUCAUCGAGCGCUUAAUCCAAGCAUUAGUCUACUAGGAGAUGGAUGCAAUCUUAUACAAGGUCUGUAUUACUGUGUACAAGUGGAUUUCGUUUCCAUAUCCGUUUCACCUUUUCCUACGCCUACGCCGCCGCCAACAUCUACGCUCAUCACACUUGUGACUACCACUUCUUCCAAAACCGGCAAUGGCAUUGCGACGCCAACGCCAACUCAGACUGGCAUGAUAAGUAGUUGUAACAAGUUCUACAAGGUGCUCAGUGGGGACGGAUGCUACAACAUCGCCACUGCCAACGGCAUCACUCUCGAAAACUUUUACGCAUGGAAUCCCGCUGUGGGGAGCAUCUGCGGGUCACUCUGGCCAGACUACUACGUCUGUGUUGGGAUCAUAGGCUCAUCGUCUAGCACUAAGAGCGUCAUUCCGACCACCACUAGCCCAGGGAACGGUAUCACGACACCAACCCCCGUUCAAUACGGCAUCACAAAUUCAUGCACGAAAUUCUAUUUCGUAAAAAGCGACGACAACUGUUACAACAUAGCUCAGGCAGAAGGCGUUGCAUUAAAUGACUUUUACUCUUGGAACCCUGCAGUGGGCAGCAGUUGUGGCACCCUCCAGCCAGACUAUUAUGUCUGCAUCGCUGGCCCUAAGACGGCGACUCCCACCCCGACUCCUACGAAAGGCAGUACACCUACACCUGUGCAGAGUGGUAUAUCGAAAACGUGCAAGAAGUAUUAUCUUGUGAAGAGUGGUGAUGGAUGUUACAAUAUUGCUCAAGCGGCAGGCAUUACGUUGGAUAACUUUUACGCUUGGAACCCUGCUGUUGGGAACGCUUGUGGCUCGCUCUGGCCGGACUAUUAUGUUUGUAUUGGACAGUGA